AUGCGCCUUCGCUUUCAUUUCUGCGCCACUCUGUCUUAUGCCUCCUCGUUUUUUUUUUCCUUUUUGCGAAGUGUGCCGCAAAAAACCCGCCUCCGCAUCGAGGGGAAGGGAGCGGAGGAGGAAGAGCGAGUACGGAAGAAACACGGUGGACUCCCCGAGUCUGGCCCGAUGGCGCACCCUCCUGUGGCACGCAAUUCGCAAGCAGCAAGAAACCCGUGCACUGUCGCCAUUGAUGGACCCGCAAUUAAUUUGCGGGAGGUGGCUGAGUUGUGCCGCCGCGGCGCGACGGAAGAGGUGCGGGCUGUUUUUUGGAAACUGCUGAUGGGGUUUCUCUCGCCUGAGAAGUCACAUUGGGCGAAGCAGUGGGAAAAAAAGACGCUGGAGUAUCGUGAACUUGUCCAUCGUGUGUGUCAGUUGGACGAGAGGGGGAACGUGGUGGUGGGAGAGCGCAGGUACCGCGCGGUGGAUGUUGACGCCCCCCGCACGCUGCCUUCCAUGCACUUCUUUAAAUGUGGAGAACCCGCCCCGACUGAUGAGGGCCUCCCAGUCGCCUUCUCGCCGACGCAGCACAGCCUGCGCCGCAUUCUCCACACCGUCGCCGGCGAGAACAAGAGGCAAGGAUAUGUACAGGGAAUGAACGAACUCGUGGGACAUUUGUUGUACGCGUUUGCCGCCGGACGCUGCGAGGCCGUCAACGAGCAACUGGAGAGUGAGGUUUUCUUUUGUUUCAAAACCAUGCUUGCGUGCCUAGGCGAUAAUUUUUUUCGCAGCUGGAAUCAUACUCAGGAUGCUGGCGGGGAAGACACAAUCCAUGAUUUUGAGCGUCUCUUGCAGUUCUUCGAGCCGGAGCUUUGGGAGCAUUUGAAGAUGAACCAAAUCGAGUCAGAGUUCUACGCCUUCCGUUGGGUGACGCUCCUUUUCACGCAGGAGUUUUACGUGCCGGAGGUGCUUCGAGUUUGGGAUUUUUUGUUUUCCUACCGUGGGGAACUGCGCGGCGUCGUGCUUUUUGUCGCUGUCGCCAUGCUACAUUGCCUACGCGAUAGUCUGCUGUCGCUCAGUGAUCUCUCUGAGCUUCUCCCUUUGCUGCAGUCGUACCCCUCAUGCGACGUGGAGGAGUUUCUCAAUGUUGCCAAGAGCUGGAUCGCGGGAUACGGCUUCGGUUUAGUGAAGGUCUUGCGCGCAGCGACGCCAGAAGAAGUGAGGCAGCUGCGGCGUUGCCACCCCAUGCGUCGUCUGGGCGAUGAUGUAUGGCUUAGCGCCUCCCGUGCUUUGGCGAGUACGCAGGAGUGGGGCAAGCGUCUGCUUCGAUGGCGGUAG